CUCACGACACGCACGUGCUGCGGAUGGUUAGUGUGAACGGUAACAUUGCCCCUCUGUGAAACAAUACGAAAUGUUUCAAUUAUGUGCUGAAGAGGAUAAAGACAGUUACGGUAACAAAUUAGGUAAACCAUCAUGAUCCCCAUCACAGAGCUCCGGUACUUUGCCGACACACAGCCGGCGUACCGCAUCCUGAAGCCAUGGUGGGACGUCUUCACAGACUACAUCUCCAUCGUCAUGCUCAUGAUCGCCGUGUUUGGGGGCACGCUACAGGUAACCCAGGACAAGAUGAUCUGCCUGCCCUGCAAGUGGGUGGUCAACAAAUCCUGCGAGUACCUCAAUAUGAGCUUCCGUGACCCCUUUGACCCAGAGCCAAAAGGCAUCCAGUAUGAACUGGACCGGCACCAGUACAACUACAUUGACGCGGUCUGCUAUGAGAACAAGCUGCACUGGUUUGCCAAGUACUUCCCAUACCUGGUGCUACUGCACACUCUCAUCUUCCUGGCCUGCAGUAACUUCUGGUUCAAGUUCCCCCGGACUAGCUCCAAACUGGAGCACUUUGUGUCCAUCCUGCUCAAGUGUUUUGACUCGCCAUGGACCACCAGGGCUCUGUCUGAGACUGUAGUGGAGGAGAGCGACCCCAAGCCUCUGGGGAAGAUGAACGGUACCAUGGACAAGAAGGCAUCAUGCAUCAGCGAGGACGUUGAGGCCAGCGUGCCCAUGCUCCAAAGGACCAAGUCCCUCAUCGAGCAGGGCAUUGUUGACCGCUCCGACACGGGUGUCCUGGACAAGAAGGAAGGCGAGCAGGCCAAAGCUCUUUUCGAGAAGGUCAAGAAGUUCCGGAUCCACGUCGAAGAAGGGGACAUUGUCUACCGGCUCUACAUCCGCCAGACCAUCAUCAAAGUCGUCAAGUUUAUCCUGAUCAUCUGCUACACGGCCUACUAUGUGCACUACAUCAAGUUCAGUGUGAUCUGCACGGUGGACAUUGAGAAGCUGACAGGCUAUAGGAUGUACCACUGUGCUCACCCCCUGGCCACACUCUUCAAGAUUCUGGCAUGUUUCUAUAUCAGCUUGGUGGGGAUUUACGGUCUCAUCUGCAUGUACACCCUCUGCUGGAUGCUCAGCCGCUCGCUUAAGCGCUACUCCUUUGAGUCAAUCCGCGAGGAGAGCAGGUACAGUGACAUACCUGAUGUGAAAAACGACUUUGCCUUCAUGUUGCACAUGAUAGACCAGUAUGACCCGCUCUACUCCAAACGCUUUGCGGUCUUCCUGUCAGAGGUUAGCGAGAACAAACUGCGUCAGCUGAACCUCAACAAUGAGUGGACGCUGGACAAGCUGCGGCAACGUAUCACCAAGAACUCCCAGGAGAAACUGGAGCUGCACUUGUUCAUGCUUAACGGAAUCCCUGAAACAGUGUUUGACCUAAUAGAACUGGAGGUGCUCAAGCUGGAGCUCAUCCCUGAUGUCACCAUUCCCCCCAUCAUUGCCCAGCUCGUCAGCCUGAGAGAGAUGUGGCUCUACCACACACCGGCAAAAAUUGAGGCUCCAGCUUUGGCCUUUCUGAGGGAGAACCUCAAGUCCCUCCACAUCAAAUUCACUGACAUCAAGGAGAUUCCUCUAUGGAUCUACAGCCUGAAGAACCUGAGCGAGCUGCACCUCACAGGGAACCUGAGCGCAGAGAACAACCGCUACAUUGUCAUCGACGGGCUACGGGAGCUCAAGAGGCUCAAAGUGCUUCGUCUGAAGAGUAACCUGACCAAGCUGCCUCAGGUGGUGACAGACGUUGGGGUCCACCUCCAGAAGCUGUCAAUCAACAAUGAGGGAACCAAGCUGAUGGUGCUCAACAGCCUGAAGAAGAUGGUGAACCUGACAGAGCUGGAGCUGUUGCGCUGCGACCUGGAACGUAUCCCGCACUCCAUCUUCAGCCUGCACAACCUGCAGGAGAUUGACCUGAAGGACAACAACCUUAAGACCAUCGAGGAGAUCAUCAGCUUCCAGCACCUGCACCGUCUGGUAAACUUGAAGCUGUGGUACAACCAGAUUGCCUAUAUCCCCAUCCAAAUCGGCACCUUGACGAACAUGGAGAGGCUCUACCUAAACCGCAACAAGAUCGAGAACAUCCCGGGCCAGCUGUUCUACUGCCGCAAACUGCGCUUCCUGGACCUGAGUCACAACAACCUGACCAGUAUACAUGCCGACGUGGGCUUCCUCCAGAACCUGCAGUACUUUGCUGUGACAGCCAACAGGAUCGAGUCCCUCCCGCCGGAUCUGUUCCAGUGCAAGAAGCUGCGCACCCUUAACCUGGGCAACAACUGCCUGCAGACUCUGCCCUCGCGCUUUGGCGAGCUGACUGGCCUGAGCCAGCUGGAGCUGCGGGGGAACCGUCUGGAGUGCCUGCCCGUGGAGCUGGGAGAGUGCAGGCUGCUGAAGAGGUGUGGUCUAGUGGUGGAGGAGGACCUCUUUAACACCCUGCCCCCCGAGGUCAAAGAGCAGCUGUGGAGGGCCGACAAAGAGCCGGUCUGAGGAGAGACUCCAGAGAGCCUAAGGCGAGGAGGAAAGCGGGAGAGAGAAGGGGUAUUUGGCAGUGGAGGAUGAUGUCAUUUUAAAUCAGCAGCCAUCCUCCAAUUUCUCCCUCCACCAGCCUCCACUGGUAUCGGGAAGGAGAAAGAGGUGUCAAUAUUUCUGGACGUACGUUUAGAGAAGGAUGGUUGGUUGGUGUCUUGGCUUUACUGGUUGAAUUAGUUUGUUUAGGUUCACAAGAUGCUCUUUAACAGACUAACCAGACAGAAACCUCUCUGAGAUCGAGGCCCUUUUUUAGUACUGAGUCGUCUCCGUAUAGACAGAGACCACAAAGGGACAAGGGGUUACAAAGCUAAGCAGUACCCCCACGGUUCCCCCAUGUGGUAAAAAUAAAAAACACACACACUCCUAGAACUCAGAAAAAAUAGUAUCUUCUGCCUAACUGAUCCACUGCUAGAAAGCCAGUGGUCAACAUGGCAAAGACGCUGUAUGGGAGUGGAAGGCUCAUGUAGCCUACCAAGCAAUGUGUGUGUGCUCUGUUUUCCAUCAUUUUCACUUUAAAGUAUACAGUCCACCAAUACCAGCAGUAUGUGUUAUCCAAACGGCAGUGAGAGGACACAGGAUCCGACUGGCUUAAGGGAACACAUCUCGAUGGCAAUACAUCCAAAGCAGGGCCCUGUUCAUUAGCCACCAAAUGGAAGAAAAUGGUCUGAAACAGACGGACUAUCAAUAAGAAACACAUAUUUUUGUUUCCUGUUGCUAAAUGUUUUGAAACGUUUGAUACUGUGCCCUAAAGAAAAUGAUCCAGAUGUUUGCACUCCAAAACAGUGUCCAUGGAUACGGCAUUGGCUUAUACAGUACACGUUAGUGCAAUAUAUUCUGCCGGGAUAUCGAAGAAGAGACACUUUUAUCGAUUGGACUUGGAGUAAACAACAUAAUUUGGAGGGCAAUUGCCACCUCAGCUGAUUCCUUCAAGACCAGCCAGGCAACUCUUGUUACUAAUAUGGCCUUACCUUUUGGGUGCUGUGCUGUACGUCCCACAUUGUCUUUGAUUAAAACCAUAACGUUCCUGAUUUUGCUAAAUAUGCAGACAAAUGUAUAGCUGUUGUAAAAUUGUUUCGAGCAUAGGCAUUGAUGGUUUUAUUUUUCUCACCAACUGUCCCAAGUUAUAUUAGGAGAGGAAAGCCUGACUUUGGAGGAAAGGGAGCUUAGUUCAUCUUUGUUCACACAGUUAUUUUCAUUUUAUGUAUAAACUUACAUAUGUCAUUUCCCUUUUCUCGCAAUGUUACUUACCGAAUAAAACUUUCCAGCUAGG